AUUUAACAUUGACAUCAACCAAUCUUUCUACUGAGGUAGGUUCGUAAACUUGGGCAAAUCCAAGUCACUAUGGAUAUCUUAUUAGUAUGAAUGCAUGCCAAUUUUUUGUUAUUGGUGCGGCUUAUUAAACCACGAUGACAAGGAUUGCAAACUCUGGAUCGAUAAAGGUGGCGCAUUAUCAAAGGAUGAGCAACAAUACAGAGCUUGGCUGCGGACCGCCAUGGGAAACCUCUGACAACCCUAGGAUUGGAAAGAUCAUUGGAUGGGCUCCACAAGUGGCAAUCUUAUCACAUCCUGCAAUUGGAGGCUUUGUAUUGCAUUGCGAGUGGAAUUCAAUAUUGGAAAGCCUUUGGUUUGGUGUGCCAAUUGCUACAUGGCCACUCUAUGCGGAACAACAGUUUAAUGCCUUUGAGAUGGUCAAGGAGAUGGAAUUAGCUGCGGAGAUCAUGUUGGAUUAUCGAACAGAAUAUACUAAUAGCCAAAUUAUUUUGACUUCUGAGGAGAUUGAAAGAGGAAUAAAGCAACUAAUGGAGAAUGACAGCAAGAUUAGGAAAAAUGUGAAAGAGAUGACUAAAAAAGGUAGGAAGGCCUUGAUGGAUGGUGGAUCUUCCCACUUUUCAUUGGGUCGAAUACGGGAUCUUCCCACUUUUCAUAGAUGAUGUUAUUACAGAUAGUAUGCCAUGAACUUAUUGUG